GCUCCAGUCUGCUCGACUCCUGGGCGUUGCCUUGCCGCGUGACGUCAGCAAAAGGGCAAGAAGUUCGCCUAUGGCGGCUUUAGACUUAGGGCAGAGCGGCGGUGAUGAAGUCGGGGAAGUGACGUCAGAGGGCGGGCAGGCAGGAAAUUGAGAGGGUACCAGACCUUUCCAGAAACGAGUGCUUGUGAGUCCAGAGGAUCCUGUGUGCUGCUGACACUGGUAUGCCAGAUUCAGGGAUUAAUUUGUAAUCUUGAUAUAUUAUUCAUCCCUUUUACCUUUUAUAGUGUGAUACAUUGCAUUAUUAGAAUGUGUUAGAAUGCAUGCUUUUAAUACUGUGUUCCAGAUGAAGUAUUGCAUAUUUACUCUACUGUGCAUGCUCUUUAGAUUAGAUUAUGGCUGUUCUCCUCUUCUACUGGGCCAGUUGAAGAUUUGCAACUCCCAUUACCAUCAAUUGGCUAUAAAUUAAAUAAAGAAUUCACCAGAUUAUAAUAUUUGGCUUCAUAUUUUGUAUUAUUUUGUUUAGGGCAUGCUGUAUGUAGUUCCUGAUGCUUUAAAAAAAAAAAAAAAAAUCUUUAUAUGAUUACUGUUUUUUUUAAUAUAUCUUUUCUAUCUCAUAUACUUCCUGCUUUGUGCUAUAAACGUGUGUAAUUAAUGGUAAACUGCAAAAUUAAUGUAUAUUUAUACUUUUAUGUUUUAGCGGACAAUUACAGUCAUUACAGGUAUUUAACAAUGAGGGGUUUAUUUUGUAAACUGGACAUUGUGGAGAAAUUACAAGGAGAUUAUUACUUUUAGGCUAAAAUGGUUGAGCUGGAAAAUAACACUGAGCUAUUCCCUAAUCUGGGAAUUUUCAGGAACGCACAAGAGACAAAAAAUAGCCAAAUCAGGAAAACUUUAAAUCUCUGCGAUGCUUUCAGCUCGGAUAUUUUGCAAGAUUUGCAAUUGCUAGUUUGCUCUCAAAUUAGUGAAUCAUCCUUAAAUGGCUACUCCAACCACCGUGACAAUGUCUGCUUUUUAGAAGUGGUUAUGGUGGUACUAAUCUAUAUGUGCACCGUUUCUGCUUGAAAUGCUGUACAUACACCCCAACACAUGUAACUUAAGCAGCUAGGAACUCUGUCCCAAGCUGUCUAAUAUUAAUUUUGGAUGGAGACGAGCAUAAGGCAGUUUGCCCGGUGACAGUGGCGUAGCAUGGACUUCCAGUUGCAAGGCAGGUAUUGCACACCCUAACCCAUAUACCAUUGGCACUCUGAGUUCCUUAACGGGCGCCCAGAUAACCUUGUUCCUCCUUCCUUACCUGCCUCGUCUCAGUAAUGUGCGUGAUACUGAUAGCUGCUAUGCUUUUUUCAAAUUCACCUCAAGCCUAAAGUAAUGUGUAUAGUCUAACCAUCAGUGUCACACACAUCGAGGAGUGAGGCUGGCUAGGCGCCCAUUACCGGCGUACCAAUCUGAUACCAUUUUAAUAGGCAUAUACAUAAUGCCUAUCAAUAGCGUGAUUUCCCAUUUAAAGUUAACGCUGGUAUCUUACAAUGGGAACUCACGCUAUUUAUAGGCAUUAUGUAAUUCACUAAUAAGGAUUACUUGAGGACAGUAUGGCUGUUAUUAGCAAGAGAUACUGUAAUGUUAUGUGGAAAUGUUUAUUUGCCCUGUCAUGUUAAAAAUAAAAACUGUGUAGAAUGUUCGAACAUUGGGGGAUUUUCUGUAUGAGGGGGAGGAUGCACUAUUUUUCAAACUUAUUACAACUUUUUUUUUUUUUUUAUUGCACCCAGGGCAACCUCCCCUGUGGCUCUGCCUGGUGCUGCAUUCCAGGUUAGUUUUAUAUUGUUUAAGAAGGGGAGACCUAAUAAAUAAUGCAUUCAGAGGAACUGUAUGGUCCCCAUAACAACUCUGUUGUUAUGGUCCAUGACUUUUUUUACCUGAAGGAGUUAAACACCUGCCAGUAUAUCACGCCAGCACUCCAAAUGGUUUAACCCAGGGCAGGUUGCUGUCCAGCUCCGGAUCUCCCUGUCCCUAGUGGUGUGGGUCAGCCUGGAAAGGCAGCAAAUACGCCUACAUUUUUUGGCAGGUCAUCCUGGUAUAAAUGAAAAGACACUAGGGUGCCUGCCAGUCAAUCAGGCCAGCACUCUGGGAGUUGAACAUGCAGUUUAACCCCUUAAGGACCAAACUUCUGGAAUAAAAAGGAAUCAUGACAUGUCACACUUGUCAUGUGCCCUUAAGGGGUUAAAGGGUUUCUAGAGUUCCAGGAAAACAAACCCGUUUUCCUGGCACUGUAGAAUUCUACAAUGCCCUCCUCCCGAGCGGGUGAAGGUGUUAAAACCCCUUCAGUCACUCACCUGAAACCAGCGCCGAUGUCCCUCGGCGCUGGAUCAUGCCCCGCACAUGCGCCUAAUGCGCAUGCGCUGCAAUGGCAACGACCGCAUUAGGAUUUCCCCAUAGAAAGCAUUAUUCAAUGCUUUCCUAUGGGGAAAAAUCUGACGCUGGAAGUCCUCAUGCAUAGCGUGAGGACAUUCAGCAUCAGAUAACGGACCAAAGGUCCGUUUCAAUUCUGGGAGUCUCUUUAGAGGCUGCCUAGUAGACAGCCACAAGAGGAGGAGUUAACCCUGAGAGGUAAUUGUUGCAGUUUCUCAGAAACUGGAAUAAUUACUAUUGCAGGGUUUAGGGACAUGGGGCAUUGCACCCAGACCAUUUAAAUGAGCUAAAGUGGUCUGGGCUCCCUACAGUGUCCCUUUAACCCAUAGGUUGCUCCCUGUCUCUAGCAGCAUCCAGUUUCUUCAGUGCAGUUUCAGGAAGCGUGGGGUGCUGCCGAUUUGCUCAGUGGUCAGCUGACGCUAUAAGCAAGGCAGUAGCUUCCUGUUUAUACAAAACGGGCGUGUACAUUUUUAUGAAUGGGUAGCUACUGAUUGGCUCAGAGCCAAAUAAAGCAACAACUGUACCCUAGAAAGAGGGGCUGGGGUUUAUUUUCUGUAAUUGAUAUACAGCAAUAAUCUUACUACAGGUAGUAUGUGAGGGGAGAGGACCAAUGGGGGUAGAAUAAAAAUGUGAUGAUAAAUUCUUAAAGGGAUACUACUGACCAAAAAAAAAUACAUUGUUUAGUAGAUAUACCACAAGUUAAAAAAAUUUCAUGCAUUUAAUUUUGCAUUUUAUUUAUUGGGGUAUAUGUAAACAGCUUACAAAACUUGCAGAUCUUUUGUCUGCAGCCUUUGCAAGCCCUCCCCUCCAAACCCCGCCCAGACUUCCUAAAGCCGUCCAAUGAGAAGUCUUUGCAAGGCACGUGCUCUGGGCAGUUUCUGCCUCUUCAGUUGAUCUCCACCUAGCUAAACUACCAGGGAAAAACAGGGCCGGAUGUCUGAUUGAAAGCCAGGGUGGGGUGUAACAAAGUUAAUUUUAUAAAAGUGCUAAGUUUCUUUUACAAAAUCUGCACUCUUUGUAAAAUAAGAUGACACAACCUUCACACAUUAAGUGCUUUAGGGGCCUGGAGUGUCUCUUUAACUAUGUUAUCUCGUGUGUGUGUGUGUGUAUAAAUAAAUUAAUAAUCUUAAUGUCUGGGUUAGCAUUCCUCCCAGUUGUACGAAUGCUAUUUACAAAUACAAAUUGCUAUAAUACUUAGCAUCCUGGAGAUUUCAAGUUACAUUGGGAAGGAUCACUAUCCGUAAGACCGUAAUAGCGCUAUAGGUUCCUAUAUCUGUCUUGUUUGAGUUUUUGAAAAGCAAGGUCUGCUUGCCUUUCAGCGCUAGCCAUGCUGCCCUCUGAGUUUCCUUUCUACCCACAUUGCGGAGACCUUCAAGACUGAUCUCCACUUGUGCGUAAGCAAACCAAUCAAAUGCUGCUCUAGAAACUGCGUUUGACUCUGUUAUAGCAGAUGAAGUUCUUAACCCUCCAAUGAAAGUAGUGAAUUUUGUAUUUUUUAAAUUUAAUAUAAAGAUUAGCCAAUGAGCUGGCCCUGGUAGGUUCAAGAGCGUUAAUGGAAAUGCCUAUCAGGAGUUUCCGGGUCUACUGUAGGCUGCAAAGAGCGAUGCUCAACAAACCUUAGGGAUGAAGGAAUGAGAAAAAUGUAUGUUGUUGGAAUGUUAUAAAAAAAAUAAACAUAUCACAUAACACAUUUUUGGUAAAAGAUUGAGCUACAAUUGGUAAUACUUCAACUGUUGCCGUCAUGGAGUUUAAGACAAGAAUAUUGUGUGUCACAGUUUAAUGCACAAUUGAAAUCACUUUGGGCUAAUGGAGCAAAUUUAUUUUUGCUACGGCAAGUUGUAAGUUGAGAGAUGUCCUGUGCAAAAUGACACGUGAUAUUUGGCUCUAUAUAAAUACUAAUAAUACAAAACUCAUGAUCCGUUUAGGUGUGCAGGGAGAGGUAACAAGGGCUUUGCUUGCUGAAAAGUGCUUACGUUCUAGAGUAGAGCAGAAUUGCACAAAAUGGAUGUCCAGAAGGCAAGAUAGUAGUUUGUACAAUUAUUUAUAAAGCGCCAACAAAUUCCGCAGUGCUGUACAAAACAUUGACUGACUGACAAACAAGUAGUUGUAACAAAACCUGUCUUUUUAUUUUUUUUAACCUUGCAAUGUAAAACGUUUUUGUUUUUUAACUGUCUAACAGACAUACAAGAGGUGCUUUCGCUGUACUGACAGAGUAAAAUUUGGUCAUGUAAUGCAGGAUUUCAUAAGAAAGCCUUAAAUUCACUGCUUUCCUAUGAGAAGCAUUGGAUGCAAGCCUGACACUCUCUGCACAUAAAGUCCCCUCUAUGAAGAGGAUUGGGAAGUCUGUGCUGGGGGAAAAAUGUGCGUAAAAAGCUUUUUUUUUAUUUUUUUUUAUUUAAAAAAAUAAAAAAAUUCUCCAUUCAGAUUUUUACUUAAAUUGGGGCAAUCUGGAUCUAACUAGGGGCAGUAGAAUGUUAUGCUAACAGUAUAGUGUUCCUUGAAGGACCCUAAUGGGGCAGGAUGGGUGUUUGCAAGAUUCAUAAAGUGAGUUGCAAGUGUUGAGAUUGGAGAUAAUAACCAUAGAGGCAAAAUCAUUGGUUGCAUCUUGUGUUCGAAAAUGGCAAAUGCAAACUAUAGUAUGAUGCUAGACUUAAACUACAGUGUAAAAGUGAAGUAGAAUCUGUAAGGUCGCUGAGGGGAAGAAAAAAGGAUUAUCACUUGCAGGAAUUCAGUUUUGUCGUUUUAGUGGCUGAGUGUCAGAGAACAAGGAGCAGCAAUAGUGACAGAACCUCCAAAGCUACUAUGGUUAUCAGGAAUGGAAAUGCAUAGUGCCAACUGCGAAUGUGUGGAUAUUGAACUUUGAGAGAAGUUUUUAGAUUGUCGAUGUAUGGAGAUCAAAUCGUAGAGGACAUAGAACUUAAGCCUAGAGGUUCUCCUACUGAAAGAGGUCCCUUGAUAUGAGAUUUAUUCUAUAUUCUACUGCGUCAGUAAUAAUCUGUGUGCUUUCUUUUUGUGUGUCCUUUUUAUACCAGUGAUUCUCCCAGCUCUCCAUUUCCUGCUACAAAAUGGUAGACUACAGCGUGUGGGACCAUAUUGAAGUGUCUGAUGAUGAAGAUGACACUCACCCCAACAUCGAUACGGCCAGUUUAUUUAGAUGGCGCCACCAGGUGAGCCUUUGUAUAAUUCUGGCGUUAUUGAUUAUAUCAAUCCUGAAGUAUCCAUUGCAAUUUCUAUAAAGCCUAACAGCUCGUUUUCAGUAAGUCAGGUUUGGUUGACCUUUCUUAUCAUUCUUAAAGAGUUCUCCCAUAUUAUAUCCAAGUGAUAUCUUUUAUCAGCGAUACCAAUUUCUCAUUACUUUUUAUUUUUUGCUUCUUUGUAGGCCCGGGUUGAGAGGAUGGAACAGUUUGAGAAGGAGAAAGAGGAGCUUAUGAAGGGAGCAGGCGAAUGCAAAAAGAAACUAUCCGAGUGUCAGAAGAAGCUGAAGGAAAUGGAGGUCCAGGAUAGAGGUGGAACCGAUGUUGAGAAGUUUAAGCGUGAUCUGGAGCAACUGAAAAAGGAGGAGAAGUCUUGGAAGAAGAAAGAAGACGAUCUAAGGAAAAAAGAAAAAAAUAUGCCGUGGAAUGUGGACACCUUAAGCAAAGAGGGAUUCAGUAAGGUGAAGUGGUGGGCAGUGCUGGCCAUUUGGGUUGAUAAAAAUGUUAAAUGUUUAAAAGGACACUCCUGGCAGGAUAUGUCUCUCGCCCCUCCCACCACAUUUCAGAGCAAUAUGAAGAUAAUGCUUUAAUCUAUACGUAAAAUAUGUACUCUUCAUUGAACAUGUGUCAUAUGCUGAAAAGCCCAAUAUUUGCAUUGUCUUCAGUUUGACCACUUGCUUUCAAUCUGGACUCUGGUGGGAUCUCAUAAUUACCUCUAAGCAGCGCGGGGAUUUAUGGGAUAUGUAGUUCAGCUACAAAACAUGUCCACUGCAGUCAAAUAAUGAUUGUAAAAGUAAUUGUUGCUACAAUAAUGGUUAUAAGUUUAGUGUUAUUAUAAAAGCUUAACAAGUACAAGCGAAGUGGGGCAUUAACUUAAUCUUUACAGUAUAUAUAACUGAUCAUCUCAUGAAUGAGCAUAUAAUAUAAUUAAAACGUAAAACAUAAAAAGAAAUCUAGGUUGACGCACAAUAAGUUUAAUGGUAAAAUGUGUUACCUUGGCUAAAACUAUUAAACCCUAGGCUCUCUCUCUAAUUUUGGCACCACUGCCUUUUUCAAAGAGAGAACCUGUUCUCUGUAUCAUUGGCUAUUUUGGCACAUGGUGCGAGAAGGGAGUGGGGCAUUGACGUCUCCCUGGUAGAAUUAGGCAUAUUUUACAUCGUAAGUAAAACCAUGCAGUGUAAUAUACUACUAUUUUUUUUAUUUUAUUUUUUUUGUGGCAAAUUUACUCCCAAAUACAAUUAUCUGGUUAUGUUGUUGUUGUUGUUGUUGUUGUUAUCUUGAAAGAUCUAGAGUUCGCUCAGCCAAUUCCUAGUCUCCCAUUGAAAUAAAUUGUAAUAGCACUGCGCAUGUAAACAUGUGGCAUUGAAUGCACGUUUGUAAUGCUUCUUACACAGGAUUAAAGGGAUUCUUCAGUGCCAGGAAAACAUGUUAGUUUUCCUGGCACUGCAGGAUCCUGUAGUGCCCCUCUAUCUCCCACCCCCCAUCCUAAGUUGCUGAAGGAGUCCAGCACCGAUGUCCCUCAGCGCUGGUCAGGCUCUGCCUACUCUCUUCCUAUUCAAUGAUUUCCUAUGGGAAAUUCAGUGAUGCUGGAGGUCCUCGCAUAGCGUGAGGACGUCCAGCGUUGCUUAAAACACUUCUCAUGUUCUAAGAACACGGAUGUCCCUCUAGUGGCUGUCUGAUAGAUGAAAACUGCAAUAAUUACACUUGCAGGGUUAAGGGUAGUGGGAGUUGGCACCCAGAACACUCCAAUGGGCAGAAGUGGUCUGGGUGCCUGGAGUAUCCAUUUAAGGACUAGCUGUGUGCACAGCUGUACAUCAAUUAUGUGAACUGCACUCAAGCAGAGGUCUUCUGCUGUUUUUAUUGGGAAGUUCUGAUCAUGGAUUGUAGUUGGCGUGAAGAUCAAGUUCAGCAUCUGUUAUUUAGAGGAGGUGUGUGUGUGUCCCCGUCCUUAAAGGGACACCAUAGUCACCAGAACUACAGUUUAAUUUAGUUGUUCUGGUGUCUGUAACCUGUUCCUGUGGGCAUUUUCAAAGAAAAGUCAGUGUUUACAUUACAGCCUAUUGACACCUCCAGUGGCCUCUCCUCAGCCACUAGAGGUUCUUCCUGGGGCAGUGCUGCACUUGACGUACAGCAUCUCCAAGCUCUGUAUGGAGAGACUGAACUUUCCUCAUACAGAGAUUAAUUGAUUUAAUGUAUCUCUGGGUCAAUGCCGAUUGGCCAGGGUGGUGUUAGGCUCUGCCCCUUGCCCUGCCUCCUUGGUUGAAAUCAUCAGAAUUAACAAUAUCAGCCAAUCCUAUGCUUUUCUAUUGAAGAUCAUUGAAUUGGCUGAGAUCAUCAAUUCUGAUAUCAGCUAAGUAGGCGGAUCAUGGGCAGGGCCAGCGCCAACUGACCUGCGCAGAGCUAAAAUAAAGUGGAGUGUUUUUUGGGGGGGGGGCUAAAUAGUGGGAGGGGGGGUUUUUGUGUUUUUGUUUUUUGUUUUUUUUUUAUCACUAUAGGGUCAGGAAGACAUGUUUAUAUUCCUGGCCCUAUAAUUUUCUAUUAAUAUAUUGUUUUUAACCCUUUUGUGGCCAAAUGGCAAAAUCCUGCAAUGCAUAUGACCUAUUAUCAAACGUCUCCGCCGAUCGUUCCUGAACUACAAUCGUACCAACUCUUGUUACUUUUGCCAACAGAGUGUUUUCAAUGUCAAAGACGAAAAGAAAGAGGAUUCGGAAGAACAAAAAGAACAGAAACACAAAACAUUUGUGGAAAAAAACUUGAAGCAACUAAAACAUUUUGGUAAGAGAGUUUCUUUUUUCAUUUUGGUUUAGUGAAUCUAUAAAAUGAUUCUGAGACAGGGUCCAGAACUGAAACCUUUUCUAGACUUCUCGAUAAGUGAAUAAAGUGCUCCCAUUUGUAGAAUGGAUUUUCCCAUCCAUUUUUAAAGGGACUGUUUAAGCACCAUAGCUUAUUGUAGUGGUUAUGGUUAAACACGUCAUGUUUCUGUCAAACCGUUUUCAGAUGUUUACAAAAACCAGGGGAUUAGUUGCUGCAAGAUUAAUUGAACCAUAACCUCUACAACAACUGUAUGAUGUGAUUGUGGUUGUUGGCAUGCCUUUUAAAUUGCUUUCAAGAGAACGUUUCUAAUUACUUCCUUGUUUUCACUUUGUUUUUAAAGCAGCUGGUGACUAAGGUCUUUCUUUAGGCUGGGAGUUGCUUUUGUUUCAUUCCCUACCUACAGGAUUUGUGCUUAUUCUAUGGCGUUUCUGCACCAAGAGUUUGAAGGAGCUUUAACAAUUAUAGUUCUGUUAUCUCUAUGAAAUCAGAUCAGAAAUUAGAAAGGCAAACUUUCUUUAAACCCCUUAAGGACACAUGACGUGUGACAUGUCAUGAUUCCCUUUUAUUCUAGAAGUUUGGUCCUUAAGUGGUUAAACUAUAAAAAAAUGUUUUCUCUUUGUAACCUUAAUAUUUGUUAAAAUUGCGGGUUUUGUUUUUUUUGUUUUUUGUUUUUUUUUUUGGGGGGGGUGGAAGAGGGGUUUAUGCGGUUGGAAGUGGUCUGGGUGCAAUGUCCCUUUUGCACUUUGCUGCAAUGAUUAUAUUGCAGCUCUAAGUCUGCUCUUUGUGGCUGUCUACCAGCCGGAAUCAUAACAGACUUUUGGUCUGCUAUCUGACGCUGGACGUCCUCACGGACCCCCAAUGUCAGAUUUUCCCCAUAGGAAAGCAAUAAUGCUUUCCUAUGAGGAGGUCUAACGCGUGUGUGGCUACUGCCGCGCAUGCGCAUUAGCUCUUCCCCCUCCCCCCCCCCUGCCGACGUCAGCCGGUGGGAGAGGAGCGUAGGCAGAGCCUGGAUUCAGGUAAGUGGCUGAAGGGGGGCACUACAAGAGCCUAUAGUGCCAGGAAAAUGGGAUUGUUUUCCUGGCACUAUAGGAUCCCUUUAAAGUGAACCUGUAACGGAUUUUUUUUUUACCUUAAAUCGCUCCCAUAUACACUGAAUACACCAGCUGUCCUACAGAUACAUGAUGUUAAAAUCUAAAAUUUAAAGAUUUACUCACUUUUUCUCCAGCGCUCUUUGUAACACCCACCUCUGGACUGUUCUUUGCUCCUCCUCCGCUUCACCUCUGUUUGUUUUUUAAACCCUGCUUAGGACGCAUCCCCAAGCAGGAUAAAUCUAGUCAGUGACUUCGGCAUUGCGAGCUUGCUGCUGUCAGAACGGAGUAAAGUCAUGUAACUCCGUUCCUAUACUCCCUAGCCAGCCUAAAAUAUCGGCUAGGGAGUUUUCAUAGCAACCACAGUGCAUGUGCUGUGGUUGCUAUGAAAGGAGAGCAGAGAGACAUCCAAAAAGAUGUACAGCUGUUUAAACAGCAACUUGCAAAAACAAAAUAUUCAAUUAUGUAAUUUUUCAAUGUAGGGUAAUAGCUUCCUGAUCCAAGGAUAAAUCUGACUGCCAUUCUGGGGUAAAGAGGGAAUAUCUUUCCUAGUUUUGUUGCGAAAUUGGAAGCGCUUCAAACUGGGUUUUUUGCCUUCUUUUGGAUCAACAGCAAAAAUCAAAAGUGAGGAAGGCUGAACUUGAUGGACACUUGUCUCUUUUCAGCCUAUGUAACGAUGUAAUGUAUAGAUAAAAUCUUAUGCUCAAUUUAAUGAGCAUAAAUUCUUUGUGGCAUGACACGUGCCCUUUAACGGCUAUUGCAAAGUAUAGAUACCAGUGGAAUGUACUGAUUAUUGCUAAAUUUUUAUAAAAUGACCCCGGAAUUGGUCUUGGUACAGAAAGUACGAACCCACACUGGCUUAUAAACACAUUCUAUUUAUCUAUAUUUUGUAGUCCUGAUAAUUACAGCAAGAUUCCAUGUCUAUGUUCUCACAAUGCAUGGGUUUCAAAUACGUUUCUGUGCCAAGAUGAAAAGGUGGUCAUCCUGUUUUUUGGGACACUGUUUGGAUUGUGUAGCGUCUCCUCUCUAAUUCUCCUUUCUACCUUCACAAGGAAUGCUGCACCGAUGGGACGACAGUCAAAAAUACUUAUCAGAUAACCCCCACCUAGUGUGCGAAGAAACUGCUAAUUACCUUGUCAUAUGGUGCAUUGAUCUGGAAGUGGAAGAGGUGAGGAAAAUUAACAAAUAGUUUAAUAAUUUUAGGCUGGCUUUUGUUUUUUUUUGUUUUUGUUUUUUUUUUUAGGUUUGGGGUUUUUAGUUUUUUUUUAGAUUUUCUAUUUAUGAAGUUAGUAGAUCAGAUAUCAGUAGAUAAUUGUUUCAUAUUGAAUGGACUGUUUUUUUUUAUUAUUUCAAUUAUUCUUCUAUAUCUACAACAAAAUUAAAGUGAUCUAAUAGUAAGGAGGAAGAUGGCAACAGUAUAUACUGGUGAAUAAAAGAGGUUUAAAGUUGUUGUUACUUAUAUAGUGCCAACUAAUUCCGCGUCGCUUUACAAUAUUAUGAAAGGGGGAAUUGUAACAACAAAUGAGACUAUUACACUGUGACACAGGAAUAAUGGGUAGAUGGAGGGCCCUGCUCAAACGAACUUGCAGUCACGGCAGCAAGCGUGACCACCACCAAACAAGGUGGAAAAGUAGCCGAACUGGAGAUGAAAGUGGAGUGUUGUUCUUUAGGAGAGCAAAAGACUGAUAUAGAUAAGUUACUCUAGGAGUCAGUAAGCAUUUCUGAACAGUUGUGUUUUGAGGGACUUCUUAAACAAUUGAAGACUAGUAGAGAGUCUGAUGGAGGUAGGCAGGCUGUUCCAAUGUAAGGGUGCCGACCACGGGAAGUCCUGCAAGAGUGAGUUGGCAGUAAGGGUGCAUGCAGCGGACAGGAAAAGGUCACUGGUAGAGAAGAGAGACAGAAAAGGGGCAUACCUAUGAAUCUGUGAAUAAAUGUAUCAGGGGCUAUACAAGUUAAUCUAUAAAGGUUAGUGAAGCAAAUUCUCCAACUGAGAUGCUGUUCCAGCUUGACCGCUCUAGUCUGGAUAUUAAUCUGUGCGAAUAGUCAUCUCAAGGUAGUUCAGGAACUGCCUGCUGUUAAUUUAAUUAUUCUAUGUUGUAUUUUUCUUCUUAAACAGAAACACGCCCUAAUGGAGCAGGUAGCCCAUCAAACUAUAGUUAUGCAAUUUAUUCUAGAGCUGGCAAAAAGCUUGAAAGUGGACCCUAGAGCGUGUUUCCGACAGUUCUUCACCAAGAUUAAGGUGCGUAUGUUAUUGAAUGUAUAGCUUGGUUAUCUUUUGUGGCUUUUGAGCAGGGUUUUGUAACGGAUCCCCCUAUACUCCGGCUAAGUAGAUCUGCUGAAGAGUCUCCCUAGUCCCGCAGAGUGAAAGUGUGUUAUAACCUGUGUCUGAGAGAGAGAGUUGGACCUCUGUAAACUAAUUAUCUCCUGGAUACAGAAGAGGCAACACAAAAUACCCUGAAAACAAGCAUAAAACAACAAUGUACCCCCACAAGUUACAUAUCCCAUGAAAGGUGGGAUCCGAGCACCCAUUCUGUAGCGCUUGGGUUCAUGGAGGAUUGUCCAACCGUCACUCGGUUAAACAUUGGCCUGACUGCUAUUAAAGUCCUGACUGAAAAUAGUUCCAUGCAGGCGCUGCCAUGUCUCGGUCUCUUACCAGGGGCUCCAGCAGACUUGAGAAAAGGGCGCUCCUCCUUCUUACAGAGAGCGAUUUGUUGAGGAGGAGGGGUAUAACUUAACCUCAAAAGAGAGCCUUCCUAGCUCUUUGGGAAAGGGGGGUAAAAAACCUCUCUAACUGACCGGGAUAAAACGUUCCUGAGGUAUUGUCCGUAACUCCUGCUGGUAGAGUAAGUCACUCCGGCUGGCUCCAAAAGGCUGUAACGGGACGGAACAAAGGGUGAGUUGGUAGGGCAAUUCGUGAGGGAGUCUAUAGUGGGGAGGGACGAGAGUGAAAAUCUUCUUUUUGGGCAUAAUUUUAGUUUUAUUGUGAGAAAUGCUGGCUUCAACAGUGUGAGAAGUGAAUAAACUGACCGCUUUAAGGUCCUAGUUCUCUCCUAGUAUUGUCUCCCUAAUUCCUUCAGUGAGAUGUUUAAAUUUUUGUCAGAGCUUGUGAUAUGAAAUUUUACAACUCUUUUUUUUGUCAACAAGCGAAAACUCCCAGUUUAAUAAAUAAACUAAACUGGGAGUUUGAAAUGCAAAAAACAGAUAUAUACAGCAAGGUAAUAAAAUGCAGUGUGAUAGCUAUAAAGCUAUAAACCCCCUGAGUGGAAACCCCUUACACCACUCAACAAAUAGAAAACAAAUACAUACAAUGUAGAGGGUUGGUCACACUUAAAAUACGUCUGAAAGAGAUAAACAAAACACGUAAUAGUGUGAUAUUGUCUGGUAAAUGGAAUAUUGAGGAAGUGAAGUCUGGUACUCACAAGCCUGGAGCCAAAUCUCAUAUGGCUCCCAUGAAUAUCGCCUUGGGACUAUUCAAAAGGAUGUCCCCCUCCUACUUCCACAUGAGCUGUUGGUUGUUCAAAUUGGAAUGAGGUCCAGAAUCCAAUGUGGAUCUUAAUAAAAAAGUACUUUUAUUGUAUAUAAAAAAGAUAAUAAAACUUCAUUAUUUAAAAAAAUAAACGAAAAUACAAAAUAUAUAGCUAUGUACUAUAUUUGUAAGUCCUGCCAAAUGGCUAUAUAGUUCAAUGGAAACCGAAACGCAUUUCGCCCCUCCGGGGGCUUUUUCAAUCGGUAUAAGUGAAUGUUCAUUUAUCCCCCUGUGUAUCUUUAUUUCCGGGUUCCGGCUGAUUUCUCUUUGGAACGCAUCAUGCGUUCCAACUGCGGCUGUGAUUUAUAAUUCCGCUUCCGGAUUCGCGGUUUCACUUCCGGAUUUUGGUAAUGAUGUCGCUGGAACGCAACGUGCGUUCCAAACUUCGUUACGUUGCGUUCUCAGAGCCCACCUCCAUAUUAUCGGGACGCAAAGCUGAAUCAGCUGUGCGUUCCAUAACACGAUAAUGAGGCACCAGAAUACCACAAUAUAUACAUUCUUAAAGAGCAUAAAAUAUUUUUCCUACAUGUAAUAUUCAAUUCCUGUAAAAAAUACAUGCACUAUAAAUGGAGAUAUAUAUUUCCUAAUCAAUAUAGUAAAAUCCCCUGCACCAUUAAUAAUCAUGCUGUGGUGAUCAUGUCUCUAAUAUUAACAAGAAAACCUAAAAUUACAUUGAGUUCCACUCUUAAAGCACAUAUUUUUAUACUGAUGGGAUUAUUCACUCAAGAGUGACUUGUUGGAAAUUCAAAGGAGGGGAAAAAAAAAAUUCAGAUCAUAUUCGCAGAAUUGAAUAAAGUCAGCUAUGUUUUCAGUUUAACAUUUUGGCCUAAAAUGUGAAACGCUUUGAAUUCCUGAUACUUCGCAUUUUAGGGAAUAACCAUCCCAACAUUAUCGGUCCUCUCUGAAAGCAAAACUGUAUUGUGAUGUUAAGGAGCAAAUUAACCCCUUAAGGACCAAACUUCUGGAAUAAAAGGGAAUCAUGACAUGUCACACAUGUCAUGUGUCCUUAAGGGCUUAACAAAGUGUCUCGUAAACACUUCUCUGAGUCAGAAAACCUGGUAGUUUUUGUAGAAAUUGCAAUGUUUCCAUUGCAGGGUUUAACACUUCUCUAGUGUCUGCCUUCCUCACCAUAACUAGAAGUGCUUCACUUUGUGAACUGAGUCAAACCUGGUUCUCAAUCAAAUGCAGCUCCUAGUGCCGCAUUUAAUUCAUGCACCGUGGUGAUUUUCUGGGAAACGCACACUAGCACAUGACUAUGGGGAAGCACUGAAUUGGCCGAGAUUAUCAGUCUUGAUGAUCUCAGCCAGAAAGGCGAAGCAGGCAGGGUGUAACUAGCGUGGCAAAGAAGUAAAUGUAAGAAUACUUGCAUUUUAACCCCACAUCUAAGUAUGUAAAGUAGUACUAUAGCGUUAGGAACACUUGUUUGUUUUCAUAGCACUAUAGUGUUCCUUUUAAAUAUUAAAAAAGAAAAUGCGUAUAAAUGUUGACACUCUGUAAAUAUGGCCAGAUACGUACACAACGGUGCUUUUCUCCUAAAUAUUGUUGGUAUUAUUGAUUAAGAAAGGUAAAGUGCCCUUUCACUUAUGGUUCUGAGUGGGUUAGAUUGCAGUGUUCUGUUUUGUUGAGGGGUUUCUCUCCUUUUUGACUCUUUAAGUAUGUUCUUUUGGCAUUAUGAUAAUCUCAAAGUGUAACACACUCUCAAACAGAAGAGGAGAGUUGUAUCUUAAGCCCCCCCUCUGAGCUCAUUCUUCGUGCUUGUGAUUAUGGUCUUUGGGAUCAAGGCCUGUCUAAAGUGUGAGAUGAUGCAUUGUGACUGUUUAUCUGUGAGGGUCAUGGACUUUCAGUGUAAGUGUGGACCUGGGUUGACCGAACUGUUGAUCUGAAGCCUCUGUGAAUGUGAUACGUGGGAGCAGAAGAGUAACAACAGCUGUGCAGUUAAAUGUCCGCUAUCCCAGUAUAGAGUAACUAGAAAACGUGAUCGGCCAAAGCUUUCAGUAGCCAAGAGUAAUCCAAUACUACAUGUUAAUCUGGGAGUUGUUGACAUUACUGGAUUUAGUGUUGAAUGUGAUUAUGGAACGUAGCUUUAGAGUAAAUUUUGCAUCCUUGUAAUCACACUUGUCCUUUCACCCACAGACUGCCGAUCAGCAGUACAUGGAUGCUUUUAAUGACGAACUGGAAUCUUUCAAAGGCAGAGUGAAAGAACGAGCCAAAAUUCGGAUAGAGAAAGCCCUGAAAGAGUAUGAGGAAGAGGAGAAGAAGAAGAGACUUGGGCCAGGGGGACUCGACCCAGUUGAGGUCUAUGAAACGCUUCCUGCUGUAAGUAAUUUCCCAGAUGUUCGGUGCUUUGAGUAGCAUGACUUCAGACAUUGUGUAGUAAGCAUUAAAGGAUCACUAUAGUGUCAGGAAAACAAAGCACUAUAAUGCCCUGAGGGUGCCCCCACCCGUGGCGCUGAACCUUACCUUAUUCCAGUGCCGGGUUCCCUCAGCGCUGGUGACCUCUCCUACCACUCCAACGUCAGUUCCCCGUCUGACAUCAGCGGAGGCGAAUGGGCAUUCAAAGUGUCCAUAGGAAAGCAUUUCUCAAUGCUUUCCUAUGGACGCUCUGCGCGAUGGAGGCGAAAUGUGCCCCCAGCGUCGCAGAUGCGCCUCUAGUGGCUUUCCGGGAGGCUGGAUUAACCCCAAAUGUAAACAUAGCAGUUUCUCUGAAACUGCUAUGUUUGCAUCUGAAGGGUUAAAACCUGAGGGACCUGGCACCCAGACCACUUCAUUGAGCUGAUGUGGUCUGGGUGACUAUAGUGUCCCUUUAACCUGAUAGAUGACACUGUGUAGUAAGCCUAAACCUGGUAAUCACUCUUUGGUGACCUCUUGCUGAACCGUGGCUUCAUGAAGACAGCUUCUUUAUUUAGACCAUCAGGAAAAGAAAACACAUGUCUACACCAUUCCAGAAUCGAAACUCUAUAACUGUAUAGAUUCCUGUAUCCUGUAUCCAUUAAAUGAUGGAACACAAUAUGUUAUCCCUAGUGCCUCCAGUGUCCUUUAAAGGAAUUUAAGUGCUACUAGCCAGGCCUAAAAAUGUUACUUUCCACUGCAAGCUUGACGAGUCAGAGCAUGACCCACUCCUUAAAUGGCUACUAGAGGGGCUUUUUGGUGACCCAAGAAGCAUCUCUAGUGGCCGUUUGAGGAGUGGCCACUAGAGGUGUUCCUGGGCUGUAAUGGUUUCUCUGAAAAGGCAGUGUUUGCAUUAAAGAGCCUGCAGGGACUGACUAUUUCCCAUAGGAAAGCAUUGGAUUGGCUGAGAUCAUCAAUUCUGAUGAUCUCUGCCAAGGAGGUGGAGCAGGGACAGAGCCAAACACAGACCUGGCCAAUUAGCUUCUCUCCAUAGAGAUGCAUUCAAUCAGUUCAUCUCUAUGGCUAACGUUCAGCGUCUCUAUGCAGUGGGUGGAGAUUCUGAUGUCAGCCAAGUAGGCGGAUCGGGAGUGGGGUGAGAUGCAAGGAGCCCAGCGUGGCGCUUGAAAUAGGUGAGUAAAUCCUCUUUCUAACCCCAGGUAAGGGGUGUAAACUGUGAAUUUUUUUUUUUAAUUUUUUUUUUUUUUUUUUUUUGGGACCAUAGUGGCAGGAAUAAACGUUUGUGUUCCUGACACUAUAGUUCUCCUUUACUUAGGGCAUCCAAGAGACAGACAACCCUAUCCUUCUCUCACAUCAGAUUUCUUGACUAAAGCGCAGUGUUAAUAAUUAUUUUAACUUGUGUAUUAACCUUUGCCAUUAUUUUCAUGAUAUCAAGAGAUUUGUUUUGGGUCUGUAUGCUAAAGUGGUUAAUGAUUUUAGGUUAACCCCUGCAUCAAAAACUCAUUCUGAUUAACCACUGGUCUUGUCUCAGACCCGUUUCCCUCUAUUCGCGCACAACAAUACUGUUUGUGACUUGAUUUUUAAUGUCCGGGAUUGGAUGGUUUUGUCUGUCUUUUAGGUAUAUAUUGAUCUCUCUAUUAGACAGAGAGUAAGCUCUUUAGUCUAGUGUUUGAAAAAAAUUCUGUGCAUAUACAAUGUAUUCCUACCUUGUCUCUGUUAAAGUAAAAGGGAGUCUUCUGGUGCACAGCUAAGAGUGGCUCAAAGGUAGAUCAUUUGCCGGCAGUGAUUCAUGGGAAUUGUAGUUAAAUUUAAGAUCAAGCUUUUGGCCAUCUCUGUACUCGACCUAUAUAGGACGUUUUCUCCAGCUUAUAUAACAAAAUAUACUGCUCUGCACUGCCACCUUCUGGUUAAGUGUGGUAUGUACACUGUCUUGCAUAUGGGACGUGUAUUCCUCCUUUAUUUUCUAUUCACAGGCUCUCCAGAAAUGCUUCGAUUCAAAAGAUAUCCAGAUGUUACAGGACACAAUCAGCCAAAUGAAUCCUACUGUAAGUUGGACUUUACAACGAUUGUGCAAUGUUUGAUGUCCUUUAAUUCUGUUACUGACUAUGGUGGAGGGAAUUGACUGAAGUUAUUUUGAUUAGUACAGAGUAGGCCUGUACUCCUAAAAAGUAUCAUUGCUAUCACCCACAUCCACUAAUAAAGCUGGAUUGGUCUUGGCCUUAACCCUUUAAGGACCAAACUUCUGGAAUAAAAGGGAAUCAUGACAUGUCACACGUCAUGUGUCCUUAAGGGGUUAAAGGGACACUAGGCACCAAAACAACUUUAAGAUUAAUGAAGAAGUUGUUUUUGUGGUAAGGGUCAUAGUCCUGCAUUUUCACUGCUCCAUAAUCUGCCAUUUAGAAGUUCAAUCACUUGUGUUUCUCUUAAUACCGCCAUAGCCACACCUCCCCUGGCUGUGACAAACAGCCUGCAUGGAAAAAAAAUCAGUUCAUUUUUUUAUCAGAUGUUUACUUGCUUUAGAUGCUUUUAUCCUCUCCUCUGAGUUGAUCUUUAAUCACACACGGGGCUUCUGCAGGAUCUAGAAGGCCAUUUAACAGAGCAGGAGGUAAUACAUUCUAAAUUAAACACAAUUUACAAUAAAGAAAGCUUAAACAUUAGAUGACUCCUUACAGGAAGUAUUUAGGAAGACUGGGUAAGUCACAUGCAGGGAGGUGUGACUUGGGAUGCAUAAACAAACUGAGUUAACUCCUAAAUGACAAAGAAUUGAGAGCUAAAACUGCAGAGGCGUGGUCUAUACGCCAAAGCCGCUCCAUUAAGUUGCAGUUGUUUUUAUGCCUAUAUUGUCAAUAUAAUAUUAUUGGACCACCACCCUGUUUAAAUGAAUCUCCAAUAAUUAGAACCUUAUGCGGUUUCAGUAUGGCAUCCCUUGGUUGGAACAGAACUAUUAUAUUGAUCAGACCUCAGCCAACUCCCCAUAAUAAACGUAUUAAUAUUGCAGCACUACAUUGCCCGAGGCAGUUGAGACUUAUUUUACAGUGUUAUAGAGCAUAAUGUGGGUGUUCUGCAGAAUUCUAUUGUUAUAUACAAUAUUACAACCAAAAAAUUGGACUUCUAUUUUCCCAGUUGGAAUGCAAGAUCCAGUAGUAAUAAUCCAGUUAGUGUCCCUUUUCUUGGAUUAAAGAUAAAAUGAAAGCAGCAAUGCAAAAAAAGUCACAUAAUGCUGUCAAACAAACAAUGCAACAUAACCCUUUUCAAACCUGUUUAUGGUGCUUACUCAUAUGUUGCCUUCUGUGUGCAAAGAGUACCCUACACCCAUUCUCCGUUUUGGGGGUGUCUUGGAAAGGUUUGUAAAGAUCACUGUAGCUGAAAGCCGGCCAACCAGAACUGCCAAUCAGACAGCUGGAAUGCUUGGUUCUGGCUCCUUGGUAUACAUGUUGUCUGCGUUGUACAUGCUUACCCAAUGAAUGGAACUAAUGCUGGGGAUAAACUAAUUAUCCCAUAAACUCAUACCGAAAAAAAUAGCCAUACUCUUUAUGAUGUUGGAAUAGAAAUUUCACUAUACAAUAUUUUUGAUGUUGCUUAUCUACAUUUUGUUAUUUGAUGAUUUGUGAGGCAGUAGCCAUGGUCCUGGUAUGCUGAUCUCCUCCUUAUUUACAAUUUGGAGAGGUUGUGCAGUGGAUCAUCUAACACUUUAUAUUUAUUCAUAAACUCAUACUGGACAUGUUUCCUUUUUAACACAUUUUUUUGUGCAUAUACACAGAUAUCAUUUGUGUGUCCUUUUUUCUUCUACAGGAAGCUCGGUAUUAUAUGAAGCAGUGUAUUGACUCAGGACUUUGGGUUCCGAACUCCAAAGUAGCAGAUGGUGAGGAGCCUGGCGAGCCGGAAGCCGAACCAGUGUAUGAAGAGGCCAAAAAGGAUUCCGCUGAUCAGAAGGAAGAAUCAUCAUAAGCACUGGAACAUGUCACUGCAAAAUAAAAUGUAUUCAAAUAUUAGCAGAUCCUCACCCGUGGUAGAAGAAGGUGCCUUGCUAGUUCUCUUCACCCGUAAGAGGCUUUCCUCAAACUUUUCACCUUUCAUUUUAGAUUUUGGAACCGGAAGUAAAACAACAAAAUGUAUUGUACUACUUGUGACUUUUAAAUAAUCAAAGCGAAUACCUUGCCCCGUGUAGAAUAGAACAUUCCUAAACUUGUGAGGGGUGAAGUAUUGAUAACCUAACCUUAUUGUCUAUAAAUGCUUGCUUAAAUGCUGAAUUCCUGUAAAGUUAGAACGAUUGGCUACCUCUCCAUUGAAAGCAAUUGUUUUUUUUUGUUUUUUUUUAUAGCAUUUCGUAUUGUAUGUUUUAUAGUCAUAAUGUAAUUUUGUCAUGUUCAAAUGUUAGCUGUUUGCUGAAAAUAUCUUGGAUUUCAGUUCUACACAUCUCUAUUAAAUUCACAGCUGCUUGUUUCUUGAUGUAUAAAGGUUUAUGUCUAAAUUAAUCAUGGCAGACUUUUUGUUUUAUUUUUCUCUUUAUUUAAAAAAAAAAUUAAAAAAAUGUAUUUUCAUUUUUCUUCUUCACCUCUAGUUAGAUAUUGUAAUCAACCAUAAAUUGCACUUGUUUCUUGGAAAAAUAAGUACAAAAUAAAAGUAUUCUGUCUUGGUUUUGUAAA